GUCGUGUCCUUUUUAGACUAGCGUCAGCUUUGUACAAUUCCUUCUGCCACUGCUGUCUGCUGUUAGUUGACGUGGACAAACUGAAACUGGUACAGGGACUCAACUCGCAUCAGGACACUAAAUAAAAAUGCCUGGUCCAGCAGCAAGUGCAACUAAUGUUGGGGCCUCCAGCAGAUCCCCAAGCAAGACAGUGGCUCCCCGGGCUGCUGGCUCCACAGUCAGACAGAGGAAAGCCACUAGCAGUGGAACCCGCAGUGGUGGCAGAGCGACGGGGUCAGCUGGUACCGGGGGAAUGUGGCGCUUCUACACUGAGGACUCACCAGGACUUAAAGUUGGUCCUGUGCCAGUGCUGGUGAUGAGCCUGCUCUUCAUCGCUUCCGUCUUCAUGCUUCAUAUUUGGGGAAAGUACACGCGCUCUUAGAGACCUCUGCCCUCUACUUAAUAUUGGACCAAACAAUAUCAUCAUGAAGUCACAAGACAGAGGCGAAAGGAUUUUUACCUUUUUUUUAUUUUUAUUUUUUUCAGUCCAUAUACUGUGGAAGUCCAACUUGUUGACAUGGGUGACAAACAUGCUUGCCCUACCACGGAUAUGUGUUCACUUUUUUCCAUCAGCUGCUUGUUUUCUUUCCUGAAAUGAAGACUCACUCAGUCCUCACAUUCAAUUUCUCUAAACGCUGAAAUGUAUUUUUUGUAUUUGUACAAAAUGUCAUUUAACAUUGUACAAUAAAAGUUUAAUUGGUGUAUUUUCUUUUCAGCAAUUUGAGAAAACCCACAUCCAUCGAGGAGAUCAUUGUCUGCUUUCACUUAUUGUAUUUAUUGUCAAGUAAACAUCAAGCACAAGAAAUAACCAAAUGUCUAGAUGGAUUAAUCCAAAGAACCCAGGGCAUCCAUCGCAAUAGUCUGCGGUAGUAUACUGUACCAUUGAGCAUAUAUUAAAAUAGAUCAAAUUAAGGAGCAUUGUAAGAAUUACACCUGAUGUAUGUUAUUUUAAUUUGGUUUUAUUUCUGACGAAUAUAUUUGCCAAAUUACCGUGAACUGGCCUCACUUACUAAAAUGGCAAAACCU